UGAUUACAUGAAAAAUUUAAUUUUCAUUAAAAAAAUGCAUCGAUCUAUCUUUGAAACAAUUCAAAUGUUGUCAGAUUUCUAUUCAUUUCCUAUUUUGUUAGCAAUUAUUUUUUCAUGUUUAUGGAUGAUCAUGAGUGCGUAUAUAAUAAUUUUCUACUAUGAAACAAAAUCUAAUUCGCAUUCUUAUGACUCGCAUAGAUUAUUUAUUGUAUUUGUUGAUUCGCUAUGGCCUUUGAAAGAUUUUGUUCCUAUACUUAUAUUGACCAGUUAUAUAACAAAAACUGCCACUGAAAUGAAAAGAACAGAACAUAUUGCUCGGAGAGUUAAACUCACACUCUUCCAAUACCCUCGAAUCAAAUCUCAGAUGGAGCAAUUUUCCAUGGAACUGUCUCACCGACAGUACACGUGCUUCACUGCUUGUAAUUUUUUUUCAAUUGACAGCACACUCUUGAUACCUAUACUGAGCACAACAACAACUUAUUUGAUAAUAUUAUUAAAAACUUCUUCUUCGGAUGAAUGA